UCGCGCAUUUCUGCUCCGAGUCAGCGGCGGUCGGGCGGGUGUUGGACCGGCUGGGCGCGAGAUUCGGCUUGCCCGCCCAUCGGGGGGUGGAAUGCAGUAAAUUUUCUAAAUGGGUUAACUUCGUGGAGCAUAGGGACAGUUCCUCGGAGAGACUACAAGGAUAUACAAAUGCCAAUCUCACCUUCACUGAGAAGAUCUCCUGCAAAAGAGAUUGCCCACAAGAGGAGACGAAGUUUUGGGAGUGCACUGCCUGCUAAAUCAAAGGAUGAUGGGCUCUUGUUGUUCAAUGAUCUGAGGAAAAGCGAGAGGGAGAACUUCUUACUGGAACAGCCAGAUGAUCUUGGCGAAUCGUUAUCAAAGUUGAACUAUUUUCCAAAUUUCAAUCUUGGUUUCAAAAUUGCUGGACGAGUAGAGAGCCGUGAUUUGCUUAAUGUGGAUGGUGACAAGAAUGAUUAUGACUGGUUGUUGACUCCUCCAGAGACUCCACUUUUUCGUUCAUUGGAUGAUGAAGAAAACCACUGCAUUGAUCUGGCUCCUAGGGGCAGGUCCCAGACUAAGCCGCUAUCUAUUUCGAGGUCAUCAACAAAGGAAAAUACUCAAAGGUCUAGAAGAAGCAGUGCGAGUCCAAAUAGGCUUAGUCCAUCACCACGGUCAAGUUGCAAUGCAGCUCUUACAAGGACAAGAUCAUCGAAUUCAUCUUCUCGCAGUAGUCCACCACUUGCUCUCCAACCAUCUAUAACAUUACGAAGAUCAUCAACUCCUCCAGCUGCUAAGACGUUAACACCUCCAAGAAGGUCGCCUUGUCCUGCUUCAAGGAGAGUGAUUACUUCAAGUGGCCCAACAUUGAAUGGAACAAGGGGGGGCUCACCUGUUAUAGAUAAUCGUAGGUCAUCUUUGCCGAAACUUCAUGUAUGGCAGUCAAAUGAUCCGGGUUUCUCUUUCGACGCACCUCCAAAUCUUCGCACAUCUUUACCAGAUCAUCCAGUAUCCCGUUCAAGGGGUGGAUCUCCUUCAUCUUUCAGUGGAUUGGACAUGGGUUCAAGAGGAAGCAGGAGAUCAAUAUCGCCUACUCUAUCAAGAAUAGCCAGUUCAUCCGGUAGUAAUGAACGAGAUCGUUUCGGUUCAUACAUCAAAGCCUCUGCAACAUCUUCUGUGGAUGAUGAUCUGGAUUGCGUGCAGUCUGUGCCAGUUGGCUAUGAUGGUAGCCCAGCUGUAAAAAAGAGCUUGUCAGUGAUGAAGACCAAAACAUUAGCAUCAGCAAAGAAGCUAUCUAAGAGUUUCUCCUCUAAUUCUGCCCCAAAGCGGAACUUUGAUUCUGCUGUUUGGUUGAUGGAUCACCGCAAAGCUCCUCAAGAUAUGUUCAGACCACUACUAUCAAGUGUUCCUACAACUACUUUUGUUGCUGGAAAAGGAAGUAAUGUGCAUCGGCCUGUGCUUUCACGCAAUUCCUCAAUCACAACAAGCAGUAAUGCAAGCUUUGAUCGCAGAGCCACUUUUGGUUCUUUUGUGGAGGACGGCAAAGAACGACACAAUCUAGCUAGUGAAUGCGAAGCAACUGCUAGUUCUGGAAUUCAUGACAUAUUUAUGUUUGAUAAAUUCGAUGAGCUGAAUGAAGCGUCCUGUUGCCAACAACGCAGUUUAUCACCUACUCGAAGUGGCCCAGAAGUAUCAUCAAGCAUAGAAGAUUAUGUAAAAGGUAGUACAUGUGACUGUGAUAUGGAAAGUAGUCAAAUAGCUAAUCAGAGUUCAAGUGAUGUUGCAAGUAGUUCUGAGUCUGGACAUGGUAAAAUGGCCAGCUGCGCCAGGUGUGGAAAGUUAUUCAACGUGAUGGAUGUGGAUGGAUGUCAUUAUUGUGAAGAAUGCACAUUAAAGUUUGGAGUUUUCUCUGCAAACCCUGAGAUACACACUACAGAAGAAACACACCACGAACAUCAUAAACCUUGCAUUCCAUCAGAAGCUUGUCUUGCAGUCCCAGGUUGUGUAGAAGAUUGCAGUGAGGCAUCUCUUGACCAUCGACCUGUAAUCAAUGAGCCCCCCAGUGAUUGUUCGUCAAGGUGUCCAACUCAGUUAACGGUGGACACAACUGAGGAAGUGCUAUUGAGGCAGCGCAUGAAGGAUCUCCCUGAAAAUAAAAGGCUACAUAGUAUUGUUGACUCUUCAGUAGGAAAUAGCAAUGAUACAUCAUCCAAUGGAGUUAAUAUAGGUGGCUGUCAACUAGCAAUAUCAACAUAUGUGGCGUAUGACCAUUUCAGGGACCAAAAUGACGACCUCAAUCAUGGAAUGCCCCAAGGCUUGUCAGAAUUGUAUUGCCAAGGUAAUGAGGUUGUGUCUGAUAUCAGGACCACUGAUUCUCACAAAUCAACUUGGCCACCAAGCAAUAAGGUUAAUUAUACUGAGGGCACAGGGAUAUCAGUAAUCCUAUUGCAGAAGUCAAGCAGCAAUACAUGGCCUGUUCUGGAAGGGAGGCCCUUGGUUGCUACAAGCAUUCUUUGUUCAGAACCCUAUUAUACAAGAGAUAAUGACAAUUUGAUUAGGCAUAUCAAUCGAUGUGAUAGCUCCUCAGUGACGUCUUCUGUUGAUGUAGGGUCUUCGAGGCAAUAUGAAGUACACUUUGAGCACCUUAAAAGUAGCAAGCAUGGUGACUAUGACAAGUCUCAAAUAGGCAGUACCGUGAGUCAUCAAAGCAUGGCUUCUGUUUCAGAUAUGUCAAUCAGUGAUUCUUCAGUUUCAUUUUGCCCUUUAAAUGAUGCUUGUUACCCAAUCGAUAAUUCAGAAAAUAAUGCUUCAAGAAUAAUGAUUUCUGCUGAAGAAUAUGGGUCUUGUAAAGAUGCUCUCUCAAGUGCUAUAGAGUGCUGGUCUGUGGCGCAAGCUAUUGUAAAUGAUGACAGCGAAACAGCCAGAGAUGUUGUAAUUCAGAAUCAAAGUGCAGAUAGGAUGGCUCAUAAUGAUGAUAUAUGCACUAGCAUGUCUCUAGAUGCUGAUGGAAACUGCAUAAAAAUAAGUGAAGAAAAUGUUGCCAUCACAAACUAUGCAGCUGACACUCCAGAACAUCCUCACCCAUGGGGUGAGAACUGUUGUUAUAGGCAUCAAAUGCAGUCUGAAGUAGUUCUGGUUUCUGAUGAGGCAAACAGGUUGGAUGAUUAUUUUGUGUCUACCAUUUCUGAGGAGGAUGUGCAGGUUUCUGCAACAGAGGCUAAAAUAGCCGAUCUUCCAAACGAUGAGCGAUCGAGGAAACAAAUUCAGAGAAGUUUCACUUUAGAAGAGGCUACCGAUACAAUUCUGUUCUGCAGUUCCAUUGUUCACGACAUUGCAUAUAAGGCUGCAACAAUUGCAUUGGAGAAGGAGCAGGGAUCUGGACUUUCUGUUGCCCCUCGGCCAACAGUCAUGGGAAUAGGUAAAUCCUUUCAACGAGAGGAUGGUUUGUUGAAGCUGCCUCACAGAAGAACGGCAAAACGUAACAUACCAAGGACAAGAUUGGAACGUGAAAGCGUCACAGAAACAGCCGAGGUGCAAGAGUUACAUUCUACUCCUGAAAUUACAAGGUCAUCUGAUAGCAUGAAGCCUCCUAAGAUGGAAUCGAAGUGCAAUUGCACAAUGAUGUAAGUCCACGAAAAAUAUGACCAGGGGUCUUGGUAUCUAAGUGGAAAUCCAUCGCUUGACAAUUUCGUUUCGCACGCAAGUUAGUUUUGUGGGGUUCCACUCAUGCCCACUUGGCACUACUUUCACUCAACACCGGCAUCCGCCGUACAGUAUGGCCAUGGGGUUUCUUGCUAUUUAUAGAAAUCUUUCUUGCUAUUUAUAGAAAUCUUCUGGUU